UUUUCUUACAUUUAUAAUGGAUUUAAAAAUUGAACAUAUUUUAACUACGAAAAGAGGUAAAAGAUGUAUAGUUAUCGAACAGUACAAAUACACAGAAUCAAAUAUUCUUCAAAAUGAAACAAUUCGAUUUCGUUGUACAAACAAAAAAUGUAAAGUAAGUGUCUUAAUUGAUAGUAAUGUAAAAAAUAUAUUAGAGAUGACAACACAUUUACAUAAUCAUGAGCCGAGUACAAAAAGGUCUUUAGCUAUAGAUAUAAUUCGAAGUUCUUCUAAAAAAAAAGCUACUGAACAAACACAUGAAAAACCUAAUAAAAUUAUUAGGAAAGAAUUAUUAGCAGAUAAGUCAGGGCUUCAGAAUGAACUUAACUAUUCUGAUAUUAAUUUAAUUAGGCGAUCAAUUUAUCGUAGUCGUAAACAACAGUACCCAAUAUUACCAAAAUCUCAAAAAGAAUCAUUUGAUCAAUUAUAUGAUAUGCAAUCAACAAUUAAAUACAAUGAUCAACAAUUUUGUUUUGUAAAUCAACAAAAGUCAAUUGUUAUUUUAACUUGUCGUGACAAUUUACAGCUCCUGUGUAAAUCUAAAAAUGUCUUUGGAGACGGAACAUUUUCGUAUUGUCCCAAGUUUUUUUGUCAACUAUAUACAUUACAUGUCUAUACUUACAAUUAUUAUGUACCAGUAGCAUAUAUAUUUUUAACAUCAAAAUCAACAAACAAUUAUUUGAAUAUGUGGUUUGAAAUAUCUAAGUUAUGUAAUGAACUAAUUGGCAAAAUUCUUCAAGUAGAUUUUUUUCAUUCGGAUUUUGAAAAAGCUGCACAUUUAGCUACAACGCAAACAUUUCCUAACUGUCAGUUAAUAACAUGUACAUUUCAUUUAGGCCAAAGUUGGUAUAGGCAAAUAGUAAAACAUAAAAACUUAUCGAAAGCGUAUUCAAUUAAAGAUUCUGAAAUCGGAUUGUGGCUAAAAUUUUUUUUUGGUUUAUCAUUUUUGCCACCAUCCGAAGUAGGAGAUGCAUUUACUGAGUUGUUAUCAAUUAUGCCAGCUGACAAUGAAUGUGUACAAUUUGCUGAUUAUGUCUUGGACACCUAUAUAGACGAAAACUCAGAGUUCCCCCCUCAUUUGUGGGCGUCAUCACCAAUAUUUGACCAUCCCAGAACCACAAAUGGACCAGAAUCAUUUCAUUCUCACUUUAACAAACAAUUUUACACACCACACCCUCAUGUACAUCAAGUCAUUGCAGUAUUAUUAGAAAUCCAAACUGAAAAUAUGAUUAAAAUCAAUUCCAUUUCAAAAAAUAUCCCUAACGUUCAACGAAAAGAAACUAUAAAAAAAAAAGAGUUUGUGCAAGAAACGUGGAUUAAAUAUGAAAAAGGGAACAUUAGCCAAUUAGAAUACAUAAAAUGUUUAGUAAUUAUUAAAGAUGCCAUCGUUUGGAGUUGCAAGCAAAAUGAUAAAAAAUUAAACCGUUGCGUUCUGGUUCUUGACAAAGAAGGGCUGCAGAUUGGUUCAUCUGCCUGUAGAAUGCAUGAUUUGUGCGAUGAAGGAGUUAUUCGUGAGUGA